AGAUUGUUUUUGCUUCCUCUGAGAAGUAGAAAGUACGAAUGCAGCCUCUUUUCGAACGACUUCGGAUUUUAUCGUAAAUGUGACAUCCGAAUAUCCAACAUGGAAGACAACGUGUCUGAAAUACCUGAUUUGAAAACAAAAAAGAAGAAAAAAACUGUUGAAAGUGGAAUAAUUUACUUAAGCAGAAUCCCAACAUUGAUGAAUGUCAGCAUUAUAAGACGUUACUUUGAAAACUUUGGAGAAUUAGGGCGGGUGUUUCUCCAACCAGAUGUAAAGGCUAAAGCAAGAGGGAAGAGGGGACGAAUAUUUUCAGAAGGAUGGCUGGAAUUUCGUGAUAAGCGGGUAGCAAAGAAGGUUGCUGCAAGCUUGAACAAUACCCAGAUUGGAGGCAAGAAGAAAAACAAAUGGAGGGAAGAGUUAUGGAACAUGAAAUAUCUUCAUAGGUUUAAAUGGACUCAUUUAAACGAGAGACUUGCAUAUGAAAAGGCUGUUCAUUCUCAGAGAAUGCGAGCAGAAAUAUCACAAGCUAAACGCGAAGCAAACUUUCAUAUUCAAAAUGCAGAAAGGAAUCAAAGACUGAAAAAAAUAGAAAAGAAGCAAAAGAGACUAAAGGAAGCCAAAGAAGAUGGUGAAAAUGGAGACAAUGAGACAUUAAAUGAAGAAAAGGAUGAUAAUGAAAGAGUAAAUGUGAUAAGGUUAAAAGAAACAGAAGAUGAGAUAAAUAAACGAAAAUCUAAAAACAAAUUUAUUUUAGAUGGAGCUAAAAAACAAAGACUAGCAAGGGAUGGCGCAGCUGUGAAAGACCCAGGAAAAAAGAAAGCAUUUUUAUCAAAGAUAUUUUCUGCUGGGUGUGAUGUAAAUAGCGAUGAAGAUUAAAUCUAAUUUUGAUAAAUUGAACUUCAACAUUUUGUGGAAAAAUCCUUCGAGGGGCACUUAUUAAAACAAACAAUUUCCCUCCUUUGUAUUUCCACCAUGGACAAUACCCUGCUCAUAUUUACACUAGAACUUUGUGUAAACCUUAAAAAGGUAUACUGUACUACUUUAACUAAUGUUUUACCUCUAUUUGGUGGGAUCUGUGGCCAAGUGGUUAUUGUUGUUGGCUUCAAACCACUUGCCCCUUACCACUGUGGGUUUGAUUCACACAAGGAUUCUUUGGAUUCCUUCAUGUGAGAAAGCUAUCCAGCUUGCUUACAGAUCAUCAAUCAAUGGUUCUACUCAGGAGCCUGUUUGUGUUUGAAAUUAUGAAUGGAAAGCAACCUAAGGUCUUUCUCCAUCAGUAAAAGCUGGAAGUUGCCAUGACAUUACUUUGUACUGUGUUGGUGCGACAUAAAGCCCCCAAAAAAACCAACUCCAUUUGAAAACCUGUGUUAAACAUGUGUUAGCAUUCAGGCAAAAUAAUGAGCAUGAAAUUAUUGAAAUAGGCGGAGAUUUAUUUAUCCACUUUCUCCAAACACUAGAAUCAAGAAGAACAAACAAGUACAUGAUUAUGUAUACAUUUAUUUGGAAAUAUAAAGCAUGACUAAAUUCUAUAGAUAAUCUAGAUUCUACACAUACAUGUAUAUACAUGUAUAAUUUCAAACUAACAAGUCUGACUCUGAAAUAAUAU